UGUUAAUCAUGUCGCGAUUCACUUCUCUAUCGCUAAUAUUAUUGUUGGGCGUUUCAGCUAUUUGCUCCGUACAAUGCGAGCUGACCAAGGAGCAUGCCGCAGAGGCGGCCCACGAGUGUCAGGCGGAGACGGGAGCUUCAGAUGACGACGUUUCCCAGCUAAUGAAGCACGAGAUGGCGGAGAGUCAUGAAGCCAAGUGCUUGCGAGCCUGUGUCAUGAAAAAAAUUGGCAUUAUGGAUGAUUCCGGUAAACUGGACAAGGAUCAAGCUAUUGCAAUGGUGAAGGCCAUGAGUCAUGACGAUGCCGAAAAGGAGGCCGCAAGGAUUGAUAUCGUCGAAAAGUGCGAAGCGAUUGAAACUCCCGAGGACCACUGCGAAGCAGCCUCCGCCUACGAGGCAUGCAUACACGAACAUAUACACGAGCACGGCCUGUCACUGGAGGAGCAUUGAAUGGGAUACCAAAUCGAAGGUUGGUGUUUAGUGAACGCCUUGUAGUAAAUUUAUGUAUAUGACCCACGAUUUUUUUACGCCCAGUUGAGCUGAAAUGUGCGCUCGCUAGUCUUUAAGCCCCAUAUUGAAAGUAUGUUGUUAUGUACAGAAUAAGUAUACAUACACACAUACCAUAUAAAAAACCUUAUUGCAAUUGAGAA